UAAAAUCUUCUGCUUCGUGUCAAAUUCAUCUCACGUUAUACAGUGGUUCAUAUAUACACCACGCGAGAUAUUACGCGUAGAUACAUACGUCAAACAGUCUUCUACUAGAUAAAUUAAAACCGCCCAAGACACCCCGUUCAGUGCCGUCAAUUUCGUUAGGACAAAGGGGCUCCGAUAAGCUGUUUACCACAAAAUAUAUACGCUCAACGAUCCAAACAGAUUAGUCACAUCGCUGCUUUUCACUUUCGCGUAUGACUAGAGCGGUACACACCUCCUGUUAACCGAGCAGCGCAUCGGCAGUGCACAAAGUCAGACCGGAGGUUGACGUUUCUUGGGCUGAAAAUACUGGAAACACGAUCGGUGAUCUGUUUAUUCCAAAAUGUUGGCGUUAAUAAACCGCAUACUGGACUGGUUCAAGUCGCUGUUUUGGAAGGAGGAAAUGGAACUCACCCUUGUUGGACUUCAGUACAGUGGAAAAACCACAUUUGUCAACGUGAUUGCGUCUGGGCAGUUCAGUGAGGACAUGAUACCAACUGUUGGUUUUAACAUGCGGAAAAUAACAAAGGGCAACGUGACUAUUAAAGUUUGGGACAUCGGCGGUCAGCCGAGGUUUAGGUCGAUGUGGGAACGUUAUUGCAGAGGAGUGAACGCCAUUGUUUAUAUGGUCGACGCAUCUGAUCCAGAAAAAAUCGAAGCCAGCCGCAACGAGCUUCACAAUUUACUCGACAAACCUCAGCUGACUGGUAUACCCGUGCUGGUAUUGGGUAACAAGAGAGAUCUGCCACAUGCUCUUGAUGAAAAUGGACUAAUCGAAAGAAUGAACCUAUCUGUGAUCCAGGAUCGAGAGAUCUGCUGCUACAGUAUCUCUUGCAAAGAAAAGGACAAUAUCGAUAUUACGCUACAGUGGUUAAUAGCGCAUUCUAAAAGUGGAGUGCGCUAAUAUGUAACCAAUUAUUUUGUCAUGGUAGGAUGAAGCAGGAAGAAGGAAGUAAAAUAAAAAUCGAAAAACUAAGAAUCAUGAGAAUAAAAAUAAGACGAUAAUCUCUUGACAAGGCAAAAAAAUGAUUUGGGAUCAACAGAAAGAAAGGAACGUUGUCAGCUUAUGUUUUUACUCGAGUCAUUAUAAUAGCGAAUUCCUUAAAUGUAAGCUUUAGCUUUCUAAGUUCGAACCCUUUGAACAAUGAAAGUUCGAAGAUAUUGCUUGCGCGAAUCGGAAUGCUCAUAUAAUAUGAAUUAUGAAUUGUAAUUAUAUUAAACAAUAAUUAGGCGAAUGGAUAUAUAUAUAUAUAUACAUACAUAUAUAGUAUGUACAUAUAUAUAUAUAUACAUAGAAUAAAAACGAUAAACUUUUAUAUUUUUGUUCUUAGGUAAUCGAUAUUAUAUACACGUGUAUUUAAAAUUCGUUUUUAUUUUUCUUCUAUUCAUUUUCUUUUAAUCUUCAAAACACAUAUUCUGAAAUUUAAGUGUGUCUCGUUGCUAGCUCAGCUACUAUGUGUACAAAUAUUGUACAUUUGCAAUAGCUGGCCCGAACGAUCCUUGAAUCGCAUGCAUACAAUUCUAUUAUGAACUGAAAAUGAAAAGAAAAAAAAAUAAUAAUUAUCGCUGCUAGGGUAAAUAAUUAAAAACUGAUUACUAUAUCUGUAUACAACAUGCGUGCA